AGUUUAGAUUUCUUAUUCGUGAUAUAUUUGCUAAAAUAACUUUCAAAAUCAAACUCAACUCUUAAUAAUGGCCUUGUGAUAUACGAAAUCUAUUGAAUGUUAGAUGUUAGUUAAUUUUUCCCUAAUAAUAACUGAUUAUAAAGAGACAUAAGUUUGAUGAUGAUUGGUGAACUUCUUUUUCAAUCGAAUUAAAGUCUUUUAGCUCAUAAAUCAAAAUUUAGAUGACUCUAAAAAGACAAAUCUUACAAGUCUUUUUAGCUCAUAAAUCAAAAUUUAGAUGACUCUAAAAAAACAAAUCUUACACUAUAUCAUUACAACAUAAAGUAAUAACAUAAUAAAAUUUCUGAUUAUAAUAUAAUUACAAAAUAAAGUAAAUACAACCAAAAUUUGCUUUGAUUUCUCUCUCUUUUUCCCUUUAUCUUCCUAAUUCUCUCAUUUCUUUAAUCUACUUUGUGAAUCAUUUCUACUCUACCGUCUAAUUUAUACUUCAGAUUCUACGGGUUUCUUAUGUUAUAUUUAAGCUUUAGAUAGUUUACAAUUCAGUUUAAGAUAUUUCAAUUUCGAGGUUUCCUAAUCUUUAUAUAUAAAGUUGAAUUGUGUGAUGCACACAGCUUUCCACAACACCACAACAGGUUGGGGCUUUUUUCGACACCUGUCAGCUCCAGAGUAGAUCGGUGUGGCCCACGUUCCCUCCUCCUUCUCGCGCGCGUCGUGUUGUCUGUAUCAUCUUCUCAACAUCAACAAUCAAAGAUCAGUAGCCGACAGUUUCAACUUUCAUUAAUACAAACGUAAAGCCCAGCUUUAACGUGAUUUACCCCACUCGUCUCACUCUCAAGCAUUCAAUCAACCUCAUCAUCUCCAAAGUAACCGAUGGAAACUCAAACUAUAAAUCCCCAAGCUCUCAGAGAUGAACAACCUCAGCGAAAUCGAGAAGAAUAGUCUUUUCUGAUUACCAACUCCGACAAUCUCAUCACCUUACCGGCUGAGAUGAGCUCCGAAACGUCGGCGGCUGGAGACGGCGGCGAAACGAGCGCUGGGCCAGCACCGGCAUACGACAAACAGAAGGAGAAGGCGCGCGUGAGCAGACCGUCUCUGAUCCUGUGCCACGACGCGCACCAGAACGACGCAUCUGCAGUCUGGAAGCUCCUGGAGAAAGAUCAGUCUCUGGUUCACGCCAGAGAUUACGACAGCCAAACGUCUCGGGUGGAUCGAUGUUGUUAAAUGUCUGAUCGAGUUUGGUGCUGAUGUCAACGCUCAGGACAGCCUCUGGCUGAUGCAGAAGCUAAUAUGAGCUAGGAAGCAGAAAAUGAUCGAGCUACUCAAAUCUCAUGGCGUUUUAUCUUAUGGUCAAAACGGAAGUCACUUUGAACCAAAGCCUUUGCCACCACCAAUUCCAAAGAAGUGUGACUGGGAGAUUGACCCUGCUGAGCUGGAUUUCUCAAAUGCAGCCAUGAUUGGAAAGGGUUCAUUUGGUGAGAUUGUGAAAGCCUAUUGGAGCGGAACACCAGUGGCUGUCAAACGUAUUCUUUCUUCUCUUUCAGAUGAUAGACUGGUUAUGCUCCGUCAAGAAUCAGAUCUGUGAGGCUCAAUCUUCCUCUCCUCCCUACGGUGUCUCCUCGGCUAGAAAGCCCCCUCCGACAUUCGCCUUCCAUACCACCACAAGUCCAACUUCAAGUUUCGGCUUCCGACGUUUGUAAACCCGGUGUCCGUGGGGCUCCACAAUUAACUCGGGUUUUAGAUCUGGAAUUUUGUCAGUUGUCUCGGUUGUGCUCACCUUAUGUCUCCUCCAUCACCACUGUCCCUGGCCUUCCUACUCCGCUCACCGUUCCAUUGUCAUCAUCUCAGCCAUAUCAGUUAAACAUCGCCGCUUCUUUGCUCCGCCGUGAUUCCUUGCAGUUCAUCGGAUUCUUUGACCGAGGAAGGCUGAGUCAUUUUGUUCAUGAGAUGGGCUACUUUCAUUUUGCAGUGAGCUUGACAAGCCCAAUAAAGCUCCAAGGCUCCCAUCUCUUCCUAGCAGUUUCACAGCCCACUUUGAUGUGGGAUGGAUUGGUCUCCUUGACUAAUCUUCUAAAAAUGUUUGGUGGGUUCACUAGCGUUUUUACAGAGACAUAUUUACACACAAAGUUUCAUCUCUCUUGUUCGAAGAGUAGCCUUUCUUUCCAUUUACCGGUGGGUUCACCGGGACCAUCAUGUUCAUCCUUUGCUUCCUUUUUAAGGAGUGCUUUCCCUCCAAUCUUGUGGAGGUGUUUGUCCAUAUCUAUAACCGUCUUGCUAUCUUGUGGAGCGAUCCGUUCGGGACCUGAAGAUGCAGCGGGAUUCGUUUCGACGAGUUUCCGAGGUGUGGAUUGGAUGUCAACGCCACAAUUUAAGGUGACUAUUUCUCUGCUGUCCGACCAUGUCGUGAAAGCUACACUGACGCAUUCAAGCACCGUCUUGAGUUUGCUGUCAUCUUCUUCUUUUGAAGACCUAUCAUUUUUAUCUUUUGCUGUUGUAGUUUAUCUUUUCAAUCAAAGAGGAUGGACAAUUCCCUCUAGUAUUUGUAAUCAAGCAAGUUGAACUUAAUGAAAAAGUUGUGUUUCAAAAA